ACAACUCCACAUGUAUAAAUCGCACAUCAGGAAUCAUCGGAUUACAGAGGUAGCCCUACUCCGCUUUACUAGUGCGCUCCUACCUGCCCUCGAUCUAUAUAGGCUACUGUUGCUUAUUGAAAUUGGAACCAUUUCUCCCCAAAAUAACCAUUUCUACAAUGACAAUUAUCCUGCCAUUCGUUUUUUCCGCUGCCUUUUACAUGAUGGUCGGAUACUUUCAUUCUGCAUGCGCUGGAUCAGUGUUUCUCAACUCAAAUGCCAUCAAGAACAUACCUGGAGUGGCGGGUCCGAGUCACCCCGUCAGCGCAAACCCUGACGAAUUUACAUUUGACAGCGGGACCCAAAACCUGGCAAUUGAUACCGUACAGUCUUUGAGUUGCUCUGCCGAUGAGGAGUGCGGUGACCAUGGUUUCUGCUUGGAGUCCCGAGGUGCCUGUCUCCCAUGCAAGAAGCGCAGGAAGCGCUGUAUCCGGGACGCUGUGUGCUGCCCUGGCAACCAGUGCAGUAAUGGCCUGUGUUUGCCCAGCAAUCCUGAGAUCCUUCAGCACAUCGGAAUGCCAAUCUUCAAUACACACGAGGAGAACUCUACAGUGGAACUGCACUCCAAGUUGCCCACACAAGAUCUUUCACAAACCCCAAAAGGUCUGGAAGGUGAGAACUGCCUGAGGUCUUCGGAUUGCACAGAGGGACUUUGCUGUGCGCGCCAUUUCUGGUCCAAGAUCUGCAAGCCAGUGGUGCAAGAAGGUCAGGUCUGCACCAAACACCAAAGGAAAGGCACACACGGCUUGGAGAUAUUUCAACGGUGUGACUGUGGAGACGGUUUGUCCUGCAGAACACAGAGAGGGGAGCACAACAGCAAGGCAUCUCGAAGUCUGCACACUUGCCAAAGACAUUGAAUCAACGAACUGUCAGCAGCAAUCCACGGAUUUCCGUAGCUUUUCGGAAAUUCAAAAACUAAAGGACGGGUGUGAUUUCCGACAAGCGAAGUGGAGAGGAAGGAGUUUUCUAUUGGGACUGUGUGGUUUUUCAGAUUUUGUUCUUCAAAAAUGACAAGAGUAGUUGUGAUUGUUUCUCUAUGGAACUUGAGAUAGGAUUAUUACAGUAAAUUACUGUAUUGUACAUAACAUAUAGAUAGAUGAUGGCACUUAAUUAUUUUUAGUCACAACUAUUCGAAGAAGGUGCUCUAUUUACAUGUAUCAACUCUGAUUUAUACGAGUUUAUAUAGAUUCUGAUAUAAAUGUCUAUAUUUUUUAUUUGAAAUAAAGAGUGUGACGAUA